AUCGACAGCUAAUGAUAUAUGUGCUGGUGACAUUGUUAAAGAAUAAGUUUGUCACUUCGUGGUGACAUUUAGUCUAUGUAGGUUUUUGGCUUCAAUAAACAACAAAAAAUCUAUUUCGGCAAUUACAAUCUAUUAGAGAGAUGCGUUUUCUCCUUGUUCUUCUGUUGACUGUGAUGGAGUUCUCUAGCGGUUUGAGCAACUACACAUCAGUGAACCUCAACCUGCUACUGAACAGCAGCAAAUAUUAUGUAGACAACCUGUUCGUGAGUAUGUCCAUGCCACACAUGAAUGUAAGGUGGCGACAAAUGCCUUACGAUCAUGGUGGAUUUAGAAACCUCUGCAAAGCUCUGGCUCCAACAUCAAUUCGUGCCUAUUUCAAUCCACUGUUUUAUAAAGGGAAAUGGGUCCCUGAGGUUACCAAUGUAACCACAUCAACUCUUCAAGAUGUGACGGUUGAAAUAUGGGAGAGGUUCUAUGACUUUAUGAAAUACAUUGGCUGGGAUUUGUCUAUUGACUUCACCAACACACAUCGGACCGUUACUGGACGGUGGGACGACAGGAACGCGAAAGCUUUCUUGGACUACGCCUCAAAGAACGAAAUUCCGAUUCCUGACUUUCAGCUUGGAAAUGAACCCCAAAAUUAUCGUGACAGGAUCAAUUACCAGCCGGCUCCUCAACUUGUGCAAGAUUAUAAGGAUUUACAAAACUUACUGAAAAAAUAUCCAAUGUAUAGCAAGAGUACAUUAGUAGGCCCAGAGACAACGACAAGUACAUCACCUGUCUUCUUUAAACCAUUCAUGGCCGCAGGUGGCUGUGACGUAGUGGAUGAGAUUGCAUUCCAUCAAUAUUACAGAAGCCUGUAUCAGAAGCCAACGUAUGCAGAUUUUCUGAACAUAACUGUGAUGAAUUGGUUGAACAAUCAUCUACAUUCCCUCAAAAGUCAAAUCAAGAGCCUCGGUUGUGACAAGCCGAGCAGACUUAGUGAGACUUCCAGCAUUGCGGGAGGUUUGCCAGGAGUUGCGGAUCGCUUUGUAGCUGGAUUCUUGUGGUUAGACAAACUUGGCUUAGCUGCUCUCCACGGAAUAACAAGAGUGUAUAGAUUCCACCUUUGGGGCAAAAGUUAUUCUUUAUUUGGGGGCUUUGUUCUAGCAUAUCCUGAUUACUAUUUGACCCUAUUGUUUAAAAGACUGGUUCAUGGACCGGUGUUGAAUGUUUCUUCCGAUGUUUUGCAAGUCAGAGCCUACGCCAACUGCGUUCGUCCUCAAGAGAAAUACAGGAUUGGAGCCGUAGUCAUCUACUUGUUAAAUACCUUGGAGUAUCCAAUCAAAAUUAACAUCGAGCAGUUCAGCCGACAUAAGGUGGAUGUGUAUUGGUUCACAUCUGCAGGCAACGCUUUAAUAAGCCAAUAUGUAAAAGUCAAUGACGUCUUGAUGAACAGUUCCGGGAAUCAGCCAACAACUUUCACUCCUAGGAACAUUGAUGCUGACGACAUCACUAUGCCUGGACAUAGUUUUGGUUUCAUCGUCAUACCUGAGGCCAGAUCUUCAGUCUGUACUUCUAACUUGUCACCCGUAUUAAUCCUAAAGACUGCCGCAUCAACAAAUGAAGCCAGCCUGAACUUGCAAGGUCUUGAAACAAGUUUUCUAAGUUUAUUUAUGCUGAUGUUCGCCCACACUAGGUUUACUUAUUAGAAAAAAACAACAUAUUAUGGUUUGAGUUAUACAAUAGGUAAACAAUCCCAUGAAUGAAUUUACAUGUUGUUGUUUUUUCUGAUAAUUUUGAUAAAGUAAAAUAGUGAAAUAAAAAAAAAAAAGAACUUUCAAAAGUGUACACCAUAACCUUGCAGCCCGUCGAUGGUUUCUAGGAUGAAUCUAUUGGAACUUUUCUGACUCAUUCUCAGGGCGGCUAGUUCAACU